CCUGAACAGGAAAGAAGAAAAAGAAAUUUAAGUGAGGAAGGAGAAAGCUAUGGCAGAAAAUUAUUGGUGUUACCAAUGCUCUCAAAUGGUGACUCCCGUUAUGGAAAUUGAGAUUAAAUGCCCGUUUUGUCAAGGCGGGUUUAUCGAACAAAUGAGUGGUGGUACAAGGGACGGUGCCGACAUGGAUUCCGACGUGGGAUCUGACCGAGCACUUUCCUUGUGGGCACCUAUCUUGUUAGGUAUGAUGAGCAAUCCCCGCCGUCGUCGAAGAUUCAAUCCUAUCGACAUUGAAGAAGAGAAUAAUGGUAAUGGUGAAGCUCGCAAUGACGGAAAUAAUGAUUUGAACCGUGAACUUGAAUCCAUCAUCAGGAGGAGGAGGAGGAGGAGCUCUGCAACGAUUUUACAGUUUCUUCAAGGCGUCAGAGAUGGAAUUGCAUCUGAGGUGGAGAAUUCCGAGACUGAUCGGUCGGAUACGAGUGCAAUCAGGGAUCGAGAGAGGGAACAGGAGCGAGUGAUUUUGAUCAAUCCUUUCAAUCAGACUAUCAUCGUCCAAGGUUCUUAUGAUUCCAAUCAGACUGGUCUAAACUCAAACUCCAAUCAUACAAGGUCUUUAGGCGAUUAUUUUAUGAGUCCUGGUCUAGACUUAUUGUUGCAGCAUUUGGCAGAGAAUGAAUCGAACAGAUACGGCACUCCACCGGCACAAAAAGAGGCGAUCGAAGCCUUGCCCACUGUGAAAGUCGAGGACGCAUUGCAAUGCUCUGUAUGUUUGGAUGAUCUCGAGGCUGGUAUGGAAGCAAAGGAAAUGCCUUGUAAACACAAGUUUCACUCCCAGUGUAUAUUGCCAUGGUUGGAGCUUCAUAGUUCUUGUCCAGUCUGUCGGUAUCAAAUGCCUGCUGAUGAAUCGAAACUUGAUUCGGAGAGGCCAAGGGCUAAUACCAACCAAACAGAAAACGGAAACAAUGUUCAUGGAAUCAGUGAAGGGAGUGAAAGCGAUGGGAGAAGCGAGAAUGGGAGAAGGUUCACAAUACCAUGGCCGUUCAAUGGUUUGUUCUCGUCAGGGUCUCAAUCCCACGGCCGUUAAUGAUUAUGUUGUAUUAGCAUAGCUUCCUCCAGUUCCACCAUGCUGCCUCAAUAUCCUGCCUUGCCUAUCAUGUAGAUAGUUGUUUUGGAUUGAAUUUGAGAAACCUUGGAAGAAUUUGUGCUUC